AUGACAGACGACAACAACAAUAAUAAUCAAGUGAUUUUGGAGGAUCUCGUAGAAGCUAUAGCCCCACGUUCUUUAAUGGAUUAUGCGAUGUCAUCAUUAGAUGCUUCAAGAGGCACUUUAAUAAAGAAGAGACCAGAUGCAGCAUAUGAAUUAUUGGAUGAGAUGGCUUCAAACAGUUACCAGUGGCAGUCUGACAGAGUGCCACAAAGGAAGGCUGCGGGAUUAUAUGGAGUGGAUUCAAUUACAGUAAUUUCUGCUCAACUAGAAGCAUUGAACAAAAAGAUUGAUAAUAUGAGUGCCCCAGUCAUGCAAGUGAAGAGCAUGAGUUGUGAUCUAUAUGGAGGAGACCAUCGUAGCAAUGAAUAUGCUCUUCUUCAGAUGUCCAGCUAUGCAAAGUUCUUGAAGGAGAUCCUUUCCAACAAGAGAAAACUAGAAGAGCAAGAAAUAGUAAAACUCACUAAAGAAUGUGCUAGCAUUAAUCUAAUGCCUUUAUCUGUUUUCAGGAAAUUGAGACUUGGAGAACCAAGGGCCACCACAGUAUCUCUACAGCUGGCUUACAGAUCAAUUAAAUAUCUAAGAGGUAUUAUGGAGGACAUGCUUGUCAAGGUAGAUAAGUUUAUUUUUCCUGUAGAUUUUCUUGUGUUGGAUAUGGAAGAAGAUGUUGAGAUACUUUUCAUUCUAGGGCAACCAUUUUUAGCCAUAGGUAAGACAUUGAUUGAUGUGCAAAGAGGUGAGUUAAUUCGUAGGGUAAGAGAUGAAAAAGUAAUGUUUGAUGUUUUUAAAACUAUGAAGCUCCCUUUAGAAGAUAACACGUGCUUUAGAAUCGAUGCUUUUGAUCCUUUGGUUCGUGAGUAUUUUCAAGAUAACAGGUAUGAAGAUCCAUUGGAAGCUUGCUUGGUUGAUUCAAAAGAAGAUGGAGGGGAGAAUAAGCACUUAAUUGAGAUUGUAGCAAGUUUGAAGCCAAUCCACCAAAUAAAAGGGUCAUGUGACAAAAAUUUGAAACAUUAG